ACACAAUUCGCUACUGCCAUGAAGAGAAAGCAGAAAAGAUUCUUUCAGAUGGUUUUGCUCUUCACAGUGGCUUUAAUUUUCCUGCCCAAUAUUGGUCUUUGGUCAUUGUAUAAGGAAAAGCAACCGGACAGCAGCGAGAAGCCUGCCGGAGCCGCACGGUGUCCUCCGGCCGGCGCCGGAUCUCAUUCUAGGAGUACCCAGACAUUUUUUUUAAAUAAUGGCCUCAGAAGGAAGGACUGGCAUGACUAUGACAGCAUUCAGAAGGAGGGACUGCGCUCAGGCAAAGGUGAACAUGGGAAGCCAUAUCCUGUCAGUGAACUGGACCAAGAUGACACGGCUUAUAGAGAAAAUGGUUUUAAUAUAUAUGUUAGCAACAAUAUCGCCUUGGAGAGAUCCUUGCCUGACAUACGACAUCCUAACUGCAAGCACAAACUUUAUUUGGAAAAGCUACCCAAUACCAGCAUUAUUAUUCCAUUUCACAAUGAAGGGUGGACAUCUCUACUGAGGACCAUGCACAGUGUGAUUAACAGAACUCCAGACAAUCUCAUUGAAGAAAUUAUCUUGGUGGAUGACUUCAGUGACAGAGAACAUCUUAAAGAAAAGCUGGAGGAAUAUAUGUCAUACUAUUCAAAAGUAAGGAUUGUACGCACCAAGAAACGAGAGGGACUAAUCCGUACCCGACUGCUGGGAGCAUCUGUAGCUAAAGGGGAAGUGUUAACUUUUCUGGAUUCUCAUUGUGAAGUCAAUGUCAACUGGUUGCCACCUUUACUGAAUCAGAUUGCUCUGAACCACAAAACAAUUGUGUGUCCCAUGAUAGAUGUCAUCGACCACAAUCACUUUGGAUAUGAAGCCCAAGCAGGAGACGCCAUGAGAGGAGCCUUUGACUGGGAGAUGUACUAUAAACGAAUCCCAAUUCCUCCAGAGCUACAGAGAACAGAUCCCAGUGAGCCUUUUGAGUCUCCUGUUAUGGCCGGAGGGCUGUUUGCCAUUAAUCGGAAAUGGUUUUGGGAAUUGGGAGGCUACGAUCCUGGCUUAGAAAUCUGGGGAGGAGAGCAGUAUGAGAUAUCCUUUAAGGUAUGGAUGUGUGGAGGACAAAUGUUUGAUGUCCCAUGUUCCAGAGUUGGCCAUAUCUACAGAAAGUAUGUGCCUUACAAAGUUCCAACAGGGACAAGCCUUGCGAGGAAUCUAAAACGUGUGGCAGAGACGUGGAUGGAUGAGUUUGCCGAGUACAUUUAUCAGAGAAGACCUGAAUACCGACAUCUCUCUACUGGAGAUCUCUCUUCCCAAAAAGAGCUGCGCAAACACCUCAAGUGCAAAGACUUCAAAUGGUUCAUGACUGAAGUAGCAUGGGAUAUACCAAAGUACUACCCACCAGUGGAGCCUCCACCUGCAGCCUGGGGAGAGAUUCGAAAUGUGGCAUCUAACCUCUGCAUUGACAGCAAACAUGGAGCUACAGGAACAGAACUAAGAUUGGACACCUGUGUGAAAGAUGGCUCUGAAAGGACAUGGUCACACGAACAGCUCUUCACCUUUGGAUGGAGAGAGGACAUCCGUCCCGGGGAACCGCUUCACACAAGAAAAUUCUGCUUCGAUGCUAUUUCUCGUAAUAGUCCUGUCACCCUUUAUGACUGUCAUGGAAUGAAGGGCAAUCAGCACUGGAGCUAUAGAAAGGACAAGACUUUGUUUCAUCCUGUUAGCAACAGUUGUGUCGACUGCAACCCAGCUGAAAAAAAACUCUUCAUGAACAGAUGUGACCCGCUGUCUGAAACGCAGCAGUGGAUUUUCGAACACAUCAAUAUGACAAUAUUACAGAAAUUUAACAUCUACAAUAACUCAUAGAGAUCACCAAAAUCAUCUCUCCAACAGCAGAGUAUCAGCCAGCUGCGGGAGUCAGUGGUUUUUGAUAUCUAAGAUCCCUCUUCCUCUUUGUGAGGAUAUUAUCAAAAUAUGCCACACACAGGCUAGAGCUACGAGAUGUCAUGGUAUCCAAAGACCUUGGAUGGGAAUGAGCGAUGAUGCCAAUGUAGAGAACUUCAAAAGAAUUUCCUUGCUGGUUCAAGGGCAGAUAACCUUUGGAAUAAUAUUCUAUGCCACCACGGUGAAAUGCAUUUUUAAUCUUACUCAGGACACUUCCUGCUGUAGUGUGUAGCUGUGAAUGGCAAGUAGUGGAAAUGUUC